AUGUCAACAACGACUACUACUACAAUCACUGACCCGGCUGCGAUUGCAGCCUUCAACCGGGGUCCAGUGACAACGACAUUUACACCUCCGAACUCAUGCCUGUCUAUCCUAACAUUGAAUUCUAACAUGUACUUUGGGUAUGGAGGCCCCUCGUAUUACUUUGACCAUGACUGCUAUCCAAGCAGUACUGCAAAUGCUGUUUCUAGCGGAUGGAGCUUGUAUUACUACAGUCCUGCUCAGUGCCCAUUGGGCUGGGUGCAAGCAACGCGGAUGACAGAGAGCUAUGGGGCUCAAGAUACCUUUCUGAGCAUUGGCGCUUCUACUACCGCCGUGCUUUGCUGUCCAUCUGGUUAUUUCUUUGACAUUCAUAAUUCAUGCAGCAACGGAUGCGCAUCGGGAAUAUUAUCUACUUCGACUACUCUACUCUAUAUCAACCCCCAGGUCAAUCAGAACUCAUGGUUUUCUACCUCAGCAACCGAUCCAAGCACAAUAACAGUCUCAGUAUCAGAUAAUGGAUAUGGCAUCUGGGGAAGCGGCAUUCCCGUGUGGUGGGAGGAGUCUGAUUCGACACUCUUUACCAGUGGACCUCCUACCACAAGCUCAACUCCGACUACACCACCUACAAAUACGGCUACGGUACCACCCCCUAAUCCAACUUACCCGAGUGGACUUUCGAGCGGCGCAAAGAUUGGAAUAGGUAUUGGGAUACCACUUGCUCUUUUGAUAUUCGGCAUUGUCGGCUUUGUGUGUUUUCGCAGAUUCAGAGUUCGGAGAAGGGUAGAGAGCGCUCAACCAGAACAGCAAGACGCCUUCAUGCCAAACCCAGAGUUGCAACAAGCCUUUAUGCCCAAACCAGAGCUGCAUGGGGAGCCGGCGCCGAGAGCACCAGCUCAAGAGCUAGCGGUGUACUCGGACGAUGAGAGACAUGGUCGAGAUUCAGUGGUGCAUUACGAGCUUUCCGAAUGAGAAGACAAGGCGAAUCAGUACUGGUUUUGAAUUUUAUGGGUUUAUAGAAUAGAAAUAUGGAGGAAGGCGACUGCAGCCAAUUACCACAAACAGAGAAGUGGUCGAGGU